AAAUCCAUAACGUUAUUGGGACACGUAUGUGUGAGCUCCGGCGGGAGCGUCUGCUGCAAUCAUUCCACACGGGACUAAAUGAAUGACACAGGUUAGCCUGAAUUCAGAGAAGCCUGCUACCACGUGACAUGGAGACGCGUAAGCGUCCCACCGGUGAACCUCAAAAUUCCAUCGGAGACGGCACCCUGGCUUCAAGCAAGAACCCGCUGCUGGAGGAUGGCCGGGCAAGCGGAGACGGUCGCCACGACGAUAAAGACCACAGUGGUAGUGUGCGAGACGAGGGGCGUAGCAUCGCACUUUUGCUGUUCCUGUACGUGCUCCAAGGCAUCCCCCUGGGCCUUGGAUCAGCAGUGCCACUGUUGCUUCAGAACAGGCAUGUCAGCUACAAGGAACAAGCCCUGUUCAGCUUCGUGACGUGGCCGUUCAGUGUGAAGCUCCUGUGGGCCCCCAUUGUGGACUCUCUGUACUCGAGCCGUUUUGGCCGGCGAAAGUCGUGGCUUGUGCCCACGCAGUAUGCCAUAGGCCUGUCCUUCUUCUGGUUGUCGUCGCACGUGCGGUUCUUGCUGGGUGAUGAGGAAGGAAGCAGCGAUGCAGAGCCCAACGUUCUCCUGCUGACGGUCAUCUUCCUGUCGCUAAACUUCCUGGCAGCUACUCAGGACAUUGCUGUGGACGGGUGGGCCCUUACAAUGCUCUCGCGGAGGCAUGUAGGCUAUGCAUCCACCUGCAAUUCUGUGGGGCAAACAGCCGGAUACUUCUUGGAUGUGGUCUUCUUGGCCCUGGAGUCUGCCGACUUCUGCAACCGCUACCUGAGGUCCGAACCCCAGAAGAACGGCAUUGUCACCCUUGAUGGGUUCCUCUAUUUCUGGGGCAUCGUGUUCAUGGUGACGACUACCCUGGUGGCGCUCCUGAAGCACGAGAGAGACGCAUCCGUGACGGAUGAGGAUGACGGCCACCCCGACCUGGGAAUCGCUCAGACAUACAAGAUGGCCCUGCGCAUCUUUCACCUCCCGAGUGUCCGCACAUUCUGCAUUUUCCUGUUCACAUGCAAGGUGGGCUUUGGUGUUGCCGACAGUGUGACUGGGUUGAAGCUCCUCGAGGCUGGCGUGCACAGGGAAAAUUUGGCCCUGCUGGCUAUUCCGAUGGUGCCCAUUCAGAUCAUGCUGCCGCUGAUCAUAAGCAAGCACACAGGUGGCCACAGGCCACUCGACGUGUUCUUCAAGGCAUAUCCAUACAGGUUGCUCCUUGGAUUGGUGUUCAUGGUUAUUGUACACUGGACAUAUCAUGUCAAGAAUCCAGAUGGAACAUUCCCCCUCUACUACUAUGUAGUCAUUGUUCUCGUCUACGCUGUGUACCAGGUGACCCUGUACAGCAGUUUUGUGUCUUCGGUGGCAUUCUGUGCAAGGGUGAGUGACCCGGCCGUUGGGGGAACCUACAUGACCCUCCUCAACACCGUCAGCAACUUAGGCAGCAGCUGGCCUGCGACAGUGGCACUGUGGAUGGUGGAUAGCCUCACUUUCAAGCACUGUGUUGGUGCCUCUAAGGCGUGGCUCCACUGUUCAUCGAAGGAAGACAAGAAUAUAUGCAGCAGCCAAAAAGGCACCUGCGAGACUACGAUAGACGGCUACAACAUAGAGAUGGUGUUCUGCAUCGCGCUCGGUUUCCUGUGGUUGCUGUAUGCACGGAGAAAGGCAAACUGGCUGCAGUCUCUGCCACAGUCAGCGUGGAAGUGCACUUAAUCGUGCUGCAGGUACGUAGCUACCACCAAAUAAGUCAAUUAUAAACUUCAAUGACAAGCCCUUGGAGCCGACUGCCAUGUCUUUCAUUUAUGUGCCGCCUGCACGCUUGCACUCUAGUCGUUGUGCAAAGUCGCGUCUCUA